CAGUAAAAGGGUCUGAUUGGUUGGGGCAACUUUCUAAUGACUCGUGAGGUUGGGCAAUGAGAAAAUUGUGGGAAAUGAUUUUCAAAGCCUAAAAACACAAGAAAAGGUUGGGUUUGGCUUUCAAACUUUCAAUAAUCUUACCCUUCUAUGAUUCUAGAAGGGUUUGAUUUGGGUUUUUGAUUCUUUUCAAAUCUUGAGGUUGAUGCAGAAGAGCCUUCACUGUUUUUUUGAGAAAGAGAAGGCUCUUCUGUGAAACACAUACAUAGAGAGAGAGAGAGAGAGAGAGAGAGAGAGAUACAUAUAUAUAUAUAUAGAAGAUGACCAGGUUGUGGAUGGCUGGCCUGCAUUUAGCAGAGUUGUUUGUGAGCUCUUUGGUUCAUUUGCUUUAUGGGCUUUACAUAUUCAGCACCGCGGUGGCGGGUGAUCUUUCUCAGGCUUUGAAUGAAUCUCUUUUCAAGUCAAAUGUGAAUGUUGGGGUCAAAGAGGAAGAGCCCAAAGGGUCAACCAGUGCUGCUGAUUUGCCUCCCAUUGUGUUGGUCCAUGGUAUCUUUGGAUUCGGCAAAGGGAGAUUGGGGGGAUUAUCGUAUUUCGCAGGGGCAGAGAAGAAAGACGGAAGGGUUUUUGUGCCGGAUUUAGGUUCAUUAACUAGCAUAUAUGACAGGGCUCGCGAAUUGUUCUACUAUUUGAAAGGCGGGCAAGUUGAUUAUGGUGAAGAACACAGCAAGGCUUGUGGGCACUCCCGGUUUGGAAGAAUUUAUGAACAAGGGCACUACCCGGUAUGGGAUGAGGAUCACCCAAUUCACUUUGUGGGGCAUUCGGCUGGAGCACAGGUUGUUCGGGUUUUGCAGCAAAUGCUCGCUGAUAAGGCUUUCAGUGGGCAUGAGAACACUUCCGAGAAUUGGGUAUUAAGCGUAACAUCAUUAUCUGGAGCUUUCAAUGGAACUACCAGAACCUAUUUGGAUGGGAUGCAGCCAGAAGAUGGGAGGUCCUUGAAACCUAUUUCUUUGCUUCAACUGUGCCGCCUUGGGGUAAUAGUUUAUGAUUGGUUAGGCGUUCCCUGGCUAAAGAACUAUUACAAUUUUGGGUUCGAUCACUUCAACAUGUCUUGGAAGAAAAGAGGUGUUCGGGGUUUUGUCGAUUGCCUACUGGGAAAUUCAGGUCCAUUUGCUUCGGGAGAUUGGAUCCUUCCAGAUCUUACUAUUCAAGGGUCGAUGAGAUUGAACAGCCAUCUACAAACCUUCCCCAAUACAUACUAUUUCAGCUAUGCUACGAAGCGAACUAAGAAAAUCAUGGGUGUCACAGUUCCUUCUAGCAUACCCGGAAUACACCCUCUGCUUUUUUUAAGAGUUUUGCAGAUGAGCCAGUGGCGUCUUCCUCAAGAUACCAAGCCACCUUACAAAGGCUAUAGGGAUGAAGAUUGGUGGGACAAUGAUGGAGCACUCAACACCAUAUCCAUGACACACCCUCGUCUGCCAGUUGAACACCCAAGCCAGCUUGUUGUGAAGGACUCAGAUUGCCAGCCCAUGCAACCGGGCAUCUGGUACUACAAGAUUGUGGAAGGCGAUCACAUUCUUUUUAUUGUGAACCGGGAAAGAGCAGGUGUACAAUUCGAUUUGAUAUACGACAGCAUUUUUGAACGAUGUAGAAAGCAUGCAUUUAGGAAGACUCCACCAACGCUACCGAAUCAAGCUGAGCAUUAGUAUUUGGUGCUCUCAAUGAUACAUUACAGCUAAAAAAAAAAUUGAAAAGAGAUGGAGAGUAGAGAAAGGAAGAAAGCUGUUAUUCUCUGUACUUUCUUUUUUUUUCUUUUAAUUGUUUUGUUCCCUUAUUUUUGGUAUAUAUAAAAAUAAAAAUAAAAAUCUAGUUUAGUGAGAAUGUAAAGUUCUUCCUUUUUUUGUAUUUGGAGGAAACCAGCUUCUAGAGUUCUAGCUUUGUGAGAGAGAUCAGAGGCGAAGCUUAGAUGAGACCCAUUUGGUCUUUCCAAUGUUCAAUGAUUUGGCAUAGAGCUAUACUUUUUCUUUU